AUGGAGUCGCAGGCCCAGUGCGGCUUUUCCACGGCGGCUGCUGUCAGGGCGUCAUGUGUCGUCGACCGGGCAGGCAAUGGUGCGGCACCACCUCAGCCGACCCCACAACAGCGAGUUGGCGAGAAGAGGAGGUGGCUUGAUGCCUACAGCGUUUAG